AGCUGCAAGAGAGUUCAGAGGAGCUCUCCAAGCACAGAACAUGGAGCAGGAGACGAGACGCUCUGUGGCCGAACUGGCAGGAAAAUUCACUUGUCAAAUACCCCUUCCUACAGGAGCAGAAGGGAACAAGCCAGUGCGCAGGAGGCCUCCAAGAACCCUGCAGCUUCCCACCAGUAACAAUGGCAGUCAGGGACAGGAAGAGCAACAGAAAACAGAAGUACCGUCACAACCUCCUAGAAAGAAUCGAAACUCAGCUCUCAUUGAGAAACUACAGGCAAAUCUGGCUAUUUCACCCACAAACCCCCUACUGUCCCCACUAAGCCCUGGUGCUGUGAAACCUCCGACUCCAUCUUUCUCACCCCACUCACCCUGCAGCCCUGUCGGUCAGCUGAUGCCAUCCAAACCGAGUCAGGAGGAGCAUCCGGUCAGCUUUGAAACAUCUGCAGAAGGCGGCAAUUUAAAAAGCAUUAACAAGGGUCGAGCUAGGCAUUCUCUUAAACGUCGCCCACCAUCUCGACGGCUCAGGAAGUCGAGUGGAGAUGAAGCUGGAACUGAAGAGGAAAAUACGACAGUGGCUGAACCUGGGCAUGCGGUUUUAGAUGAAAAGGAAAACGACGUCUUUGAGAAGCAGAAGGUUGAGACAGAAGAGAAAGAUGAGACUGAUUCAGCAUCUGCUACCUCUGAGCAACCAGAAGAGCAAAAGCAAAGUGCAGAAAGCCCAGAUUCAGCUCAGAAAUCUGAAACGGGAGAAGAAAAAGAGACCAAAGAGUCGGUUGAGGAACCUGUGUCAGCUGAAAAGGAGGAAGAUGAGGAGGAGAAGUCUGACCCAUGUCAGUUAGAAAGCAGUAUGUCUGAGUCAAAGGAGACAGAAUCAGUCGAGAUUACAGAUCCAAAGGUUGAGCCAGAUACAUCUACGCAGGAUGAAGAAAAUCAGUUAGAGAAGAAAGAGGAGGAAGCAAGUCAGACAGAGGAGUCCAAAAGCUCAGAGCAAUGAAAAGGGAUUGGCUGGAAUUCUUCAUGACGGACAGCACAGAAAUUCUACCUGCAUGGCCAGACCACAGCGAUGAAGGAAAGGCCUGGUAAUAAUGUGAACGACAUGGCAGAAAAAGCUCCCACCAGCAAAACUUCAGCAACAGUUCUUUACAUUUAAGUGUUUCUGUUAGAUGUCCAAGUUAAACAUGAAGUGAAAGAAUGGUUUUCUUCUUGUACAGUUUUAUAUUGUUUGAAUCGUCUUGUGUUGGUGAUGUGAUGUCUGAGACAGUAUGUUGGAUUUUGUACAUACUGUUCAAGUUCAUGUUGAGUAACGGAUGAUGCAUGUUGACUUUUUUUUACACUAUAUUAGUAGCAAUGACAGAUUUUAACGACAGAUCUUAAACUCCACAACCACUGGUUUUUAGAUUUACAUUGUGAAGUGUGAAAUGUUCUUGGUUAGCUUAUAUUGUUACUAAUAAUCAAUAAGUAAUUUUAAAUUAAACUCAAACUCACAAAUUUCUACAAA